GGCUCUUAUCUUUGCCUUUCUGUUGUCCGCCUCGCUGAGCAGCAGCUGUAGGAGGAGAAGGCGAAUGUGGCUUUUGUUCGCCUGUGGAGCUCCGCGCUGUCUCCGGUGAUGGUGGGAGCUGCGGCCGCUCUGCGGGCUGCAGGAGCCGCGCUGUGGCCGAGAGCGCUGAGGGGCACGGCGUCCUGAGGGGCUCCACAAACACCGCCAGGUCGUGGUGCCAAGCCCACAGCUGCAAGAUGUCGCCGCUGGUUCUUGGAGUUGGUGCUUGCUUAGCCGGAUGGAUCGCUCUUUAUGCUCUGCUCUGCUACACAAAUGGCUCUUGUGGUUAUGAAUGGAACUGUCGGCUGGUUACACUGUUCCACGGAAUCCUGGCAAUCUGCAUAACUGCCUACAUCGGCUACAUAGAUGGACCUUGGCCUUUCAGCUACCCAGGAACAAAGAACACCAACCUUCAAAUCUCAGCUAUGGUGCUCAGUCUGGGUUACUUCAUCUUCGACAUGGGCUGGUGCGUGUACUUUCAGACGGAGGGCUUGGUGAUGCUGGCCCACCACACCAUGAGCAUUCUGGGUAUGCUGCUGACCCUGUGGCUGGGCGAGUCAGGCAUUGAGGCGUGCGCCGUCAUCUUCGGCAGCGAGAUCACCAACCCUCUGCUGCAGACGCGCUGGUUCCUGAAGCACUCGGGCCGCUACAACAGCUUCUUGGGUGACCUGGUGGACGUCCUGUUUGUGCUCUUGUUCGUGAUCAUGCGAGUGUUCGUGGGUGGCGCCAUGCUGUACUGUGAGCUGAUCUCGCCGAGGCCAAAGUUCUUCAUCAAGUGCGGCGGCGUGGCCAUGUACGUCCUGUCGUGGAUAUUCGUGGCCGACAUCGCCCGUUUCGCUUACCAUAAAAGCAGCGUAAAGUACCAGCGCUGGAAGAGCCGGCGUGUACAGGCUGAUGUCAAUGGCCAAGAGAUUAAGAGGGACUAAGAGAGCUCUCCUCAAACUGAAGAGCCUCCAGUUUCUCAGCUUGGACAUCGUUCCUACCAGCGAAUACAUCUUUGCAGCUGUUAGAUGUUUACUUGUUCUUAGACAUGAUUCUGUCUAACCUGAUUAAAAUUUUUUAUUGCUAUGUAUACAUCAUUGCCACACACUGGCUUUUUAUUUGUGGUAAAUACAUAGUACUUGUAUUGCUUAAUUGUUAUUAAGCCACACUGAAAUGUUUUGAUAGUUUUUUAACUUGUGCAAUAUUACAAAGUCAUCACAGAAUAUGGUGCAUUUUAAGUUUUUUUUAAAACGGAUGACAAACUAAUAAAAAAUGCCAAUAAAAGCAAAAAUGAUCA